GUCUGCACCGCAGCCCUGCAUACUGCCUGGGCUCGUGGUCACCAGCAGCAUGCUCCCUUCUCUUUGUGUCUGAGCACAUUCAACAUCUCAACAUCAUCUUUAACUUGGCCAUCAUUUGUUUUUCUCAUUCAGCAUGCAUCCUUUCCAGUCCGAGCACAGUCUUUCGAGUUUUGUGUCAUUUGUGCAAAUGCAUGAAAUGUCAUGUCAUUCUCUCUCACGUUUCACUCAAAUCUUCUUUGUGUAAGUCUCACCAUCCGAGCAUGCUUUCUUAUCCACCAUUGUCCUCCUUGUGCUUUGCGUUGUGCUAAAUGCCACAUUUUGCAUGAGAGCUGGGUUAUCGAAUGGAAAUGGCUUUCAAAUUUCGGUUGACUUUUGCUAGGCUCACAUUUAAUAUAGCAGGCUUUCACCCCUGUUCAAUGCACGGCACAUUGAAUUUUUAUCUUGCAUAUAUUUCAAUGGAGAUGAUGAACAGAUGGCUGAAACAUUCAUUCCGCUUAUCUGAGACAAUGCAGGAUAUCCCACCCAUCAGUCCUUCACCCCACCGAGCCCUCCACCUUCUGUAGGAAUGUGGUGCAGUCUCUCCCACAGAGGCAGCAAGACAAGUCAGCAUCCGACCCACUCCCACAGCAAGCACUGUUUGCCCAGAGCAAACACCAGCCAUCUGUAGCCAACUAGCUGUGCAGAAAAAAAAAUUAAAAGAGUCACAUACUUGAACAUGUCUCCACUGUUUGAGCACUCCAAGCACUUUGAAACACAGCACGGGACUUUCAAAGAACGUGAGGGCUUUAGGUGAAGUGGGACACUUUGAGAAAGUUGCAAGUUUUUUUUUCUCAUGUCUUAAAAUAUGUUGCAACUUUUCUGACGGGGUCGUAUUUUACAGCAGGGUUGUAAAAACAUGUGCAGGGGGCAGAUUCCCUCUGGUACACUUAAAUGUUUGGGAACGUUUUUUUACAUGUCAACAUCUGGCAUGGCUGCGAAUGAGCUGCCGGCACCUUCUUAUUUUCACAAGUGGUGAUUUUAAUCAAAGAUGAGUAGGGAAUUGCACAGGGUUGCAUGUAUGAUCCAAUGAAGUGAGUUUGGCACCGUGCCGUGAGCUCUCUCGUGCUUUAGUGCUGAUGGACAAUGACAGAGAAGACUCCAUCUCUGUCCCGUCUGGGAGUGAGAAGAGGCGGUCGGACAUGCUCUGGUCUGUGAGGCGGAGCUACAGGACAUGUCAUCGCACGCCACUGAUUCAUUCUCCCCGUCCCUCGUACGCAAAUUCCUGCCAAUCACCUAUCAGUGCCUGCGUGCGGGGUUGCCACAAGCGGAAGAAAUCUUUCAGUUGGAGCCGGGAAGAGUGGAAUCCGGGAAGGGAAAGUGCUCCUACGACCCGAAGCUCAACAGCGCGUCAGCUUUGAUCAAUGGUGAACUCUAUGCUGGGGUCUAUGUUGACUUUAUGGGAACAGACUCUGCCAUUUUCCGCACUUUGGGGCCAAAGACUGCGAUGCGAACAGAUCAGUACAACUCCAGAUGGUUGAAUGACCCCACUUUCAUCCACGUACACCUGAUCCCUGACAGCGCGGAGAGAAAUGACGACAAGCUGUAUUUCUUCUUCCGGGAAAAGUCCUCCGAGAUGGGCCAGAGUCCUGUGACCCAGUCCCGUAUAGGACGCAUCUGCCUGAACGAUGACGGGGGCCACUGCUGCCUGGUCAACAAGUGGAGCACCUUCCUGAAGGCCAGGCUCAUCUGCUCCGUGCCCGGCGCCGACGGCAUGGAGACGCACUUCGACGAGCUGCGAGAUGUUUACAUACAGCCGACACAGGACACAAAGAAUCCUGUGAUAUAUGGAGUCUUCUCUGUCUCUGGUUCCGUCUUCAAAGGCUCAGCGGUUUGUGUCUACUCAAUGGCCGACAUUCGCAUGGUCUUCAACGGACCCUUCGCCCACAAGGAGGGUCCCAAUUACCAAUGGGUGGCCUACACUGGGAAGAUCCCCUACCCUCGCCCUGGCACGUGCCCUGGCGGUACCUUCACUCCCAACAUGAAGUCUACUAAGGACUAUCCAGAUGAGGUGAUUAACUUCAUGAGGAAUCACCCGGCCAUGUACAAUGCCGUGUACCCAAUACACAAGCGCCCCCUAGUGGUUCGGACCAACGUGGAUUAUGAAUUCACCACCAUCACUGUGGACCAGGUUGCGGCUGCGGAUGGCAACUACGAAGUGCUCUUCCUCGGAACUGACAAAGGGACAGUCCAGAAGGUCAUCGUGCUGCCCAGAGACGAUCUGCAGACCGAGGAGCUGGUCCUGGAGGAGGUGGAGGUUUUCAAGGCCCCUACUCCCAUUACAACAAUGAAGAUCUCAUCCAAAAGGCAACAGCUGUAUGUGUCCUCUGCGGUGGGCCUGACACAGCUGGCUCUCCACCGGUGUGACGUGUACGGCGAGGCCUGCGCUGACUGCUGCUUAGCCCGAGAUCCGUACUGCGCCUGGGACGGCAAGUCCUGCUCCCGCUACUCGGCCUCGCAGAAGAGGUCUGACCCCUUUAGACGAAGCCGGAGGCAGGACGUCAAGUACGGGAACCCCAUCCGUCAAUGCCGAGGCUUCAACUCCAACACCAAUAAGAACACUCUGGAGAUGGUGCAGUACGGGGUGGAGGGAAGCAGCACCUUCCUGGAGUGUCAGGCCCGCUCCCCACAUGCUGUCAUCAAAUGGCAUCUGCAGAGAGACAACAGCGAGCGCAGGAAAGAGAUGCGUUCUGAUGGCCGGGUUUUGAAGACGGAACAAGGUCUCCUCAUGCGGUCCCUGCAGCCCUCUGACUCCGGCAUGUACCAGUGUACGGCCACGGAGAAGAACUUCAAAUACACAGUGGUGAAGAUGCAGCUGGUGGUGUUGUCGAGCAGGGCUGUCAACAGCGUCCUGGUGGAGGGUGGGGGAGGUCUGGUGCCGUCCACGCUCCACUCCAGCAGCACCCAGUGGACCCCCAGUGCAGGCCAGUACAAGGACCUGCUGACCAUCCUGAGCCAGCCAGAGAUGAGCCUGAUCAAUCAGUACUGCCAGGACUACUGGCAGUUCGGAGACCCGCUGCUGGGCACCCUCAAAGCCAAAGACCUGAAGGAGCUCAAGGAGCACAAGAAGCCCCGCAACCGCCGGCAUCACGGGGAGGGGGAGGAGAAUGAGGAGCAGGAGGAGGUAGAGACAUGAGGAGCCCAGCUUUGUGUCUGAAAUACCCUCGUCCACCCUUCCCCCUCCACACCCUGUGAAAACUGGGAGAGACUCAUUGAGAGUAGCUACAUGAAAAAAGUCCAAAAACCCGGGAAAAAAAACAAACUGAGAAAAAAGAGGCUUGCAAACAAAACCCCACAUACAUCCUCUCAAACAGUAAGAUAUAUGAUACACAGUAUUUAUUGUAGGUUGUAUAUAGUAUCAUUCUGUGGAUUUCUUUGUACUUAUAGAAAAAACAUGCUCUUUGUGUAUAGGUACCUUUGGGGCAAAUAUUAUUGUUAUUAUUGAUGUUGUUAAUUUUAUUGUUGCUGUUACUGUCAUUACAAAACUCAUCUGUCGGCAUCACAUGACCGUUGGCGACUGUUUGGAAUGUGUAAGCUGUCACGAGCAAACCACGAGACGCUCGCUCUGAUGGGGAAAUGAAUUGUUGAUAAAGGGUUGAUGGGAUCUCCUUUGUUUCUUGCUUGCUUUGACUCAAGGCCAGGACUCUUUUUAUUACUGGACACAUCAGGAAUGCCGGUAAUGCAACCUCCUUGCGGCUGCUCGCAGGCAGAGACUUGAUAUUGCAAGGGGACCAUUGAUACAUGGUCCCAGUUCUUGUGGGGAAACAGUUCUUUCUACAUGGGAACCUACAAUAUGUUGUAAUUGGGCCUUUUAACAGCUGUUCUUUAAACCGGUGCUUGCCCUUUGUUUUGUUUAUCCUCUCCUCCCGUUUUGACUCGAGGAUUGAUUGUUAAAUGAUGCAGCAUCUUUGCUACUUUUCAGAUGAGAUACUAAUUCCGAUUAGUGAGAUUUACAUUUGCUAAAGAAUGACAAGGUUCUCACUGUGUUCUGUGACCUGAGAAACCUGUGGUUGCUUCGGGCCAUGAAUUUAAAAAUGAGACAAGCAUCAGCUUUUAAUUAGAUAUAUCAUUAUAAUGGAUGACAAAAUAAUGUCACUAUAAUGGUACAGUUCUUUUCAGCUGCAAACUUUGAACUCAGAGAGAGGUGCAAUAUAAGGUCAAGGUUUUGUACAAAGGGCAUUAUUGUUUUACUUACAAGGGACAUUGGCUGGGGCCAAAUGCGACAAGCACACUCGGGCAAGGUGGAGUUUACUUUUGCGUCAAAACAAAACCAGUUAAUAGAGGAAAGAAGUGCCCACAUGACGCAGCACUCAAGACAUCUCUCGUUCUUUCUUCCUUUGACAUUCAUGUGUGGAAAAAAAUGUAAUUGCCCGUAUACACAACAGAGCAUUGUAACAAUGUUGUGACACUAACCAAAAUUAUUGGGAAGCUGGCUUUCAUUGUGUGCAUGAACCUGUAUUUGUACUGUAAUUCUGAUAAGAUACUGUGUGGUCGUUUUUUUCUGUUCUUUGUUUCUAGGGGUGUACAGUACAGUCUGAGGGAGGUUCCCAGUGCGGCUAAAUGGGAAAAACAAAUGCUUUGCAAAAUGUCCUGGUUUUAAAUAUACUCCUGUAUAAAGCAUGAUGCAUUUUCUUAUUGGCAUGAAUUUAGUUCUGUCAAAGUACAAAGUGCAAUUAUCUUACCCAUGUGUUUGGAUAACAGAUAAUAGCAUAAUUUCAAAAAGUGCAAACGAGUUGCACAACAAUUACAGAGUAUGACAGAGUGAAAAUGAGUGUUAUUAAGAACUGAUCAAACAUUCUAUUGAUUAGAAUGCUUAUGCUCAUUCUAGCGCUUUAUGAAAAAAAUAUUACUAUAGCAGUUCCCCAAGAAAUAGAUUCAUGGAAUUUUCAUGUAUAAGAAUUUACAACUUUGGAACAAAUAUUUGGAAAAAGGAGAAAUGCAGCAUUAUUAUUAUUAUGACAUUAAGUGACUUUGAAUGCACAUUGUAUAGCUCCCGUUCUGGCCUUAUAAUAGUCUGCAUGAACGCCUAUUGGAAGAUGCAUUAAUAAUUCAUACAGGGUUUUUUGUAUCCGCUCCUCAAUUUGGAAUUUUUCUGCAUUCCCAGAAUUAAUCUCAGCCCCCGAACGUCUCUUUCAAAUGAGACCAGGGAUUCUACAGUAAAAAAAUUUAAAAAGAGAAAAAAAUGUGAGGAGGGGUUGUACAAUUGUUUGGUAUUUUUUUUAAACUGUGUCUUUAGUUUUUGAGUGUUUUUGUUUGUUUUGUUUUGUUUUCUUGCAUCAUCAGACUUUAUGAAAAAAGUAAAAAACACUAAAUGCACAGAGGUGAUGCUAUUGUAAUGACUUGUGUAAAUUACUUUAUCUUCCCUUUCCAUUGUUGUUGCUGACUAAUAAAUUAAAGCUCUAUAUUUUAUAAGAAUGGAAUGCUCCCCCCCUUCAUUGUGAUUGGCCUUAUACUGAAUGUUUUCCAUGUUCUGCCCAGAUCUCUCUGGAUCCUUGGAAUAAAGUUAUACCUGUUAAAGAGA